CAUAAAAUAUAAUGAAUGACAAAUAUUAGACUGCGUGCACCUCUCAAGCGCGUGGACUGCGCUUGCCACCUGCAGGCCCAGGGUGCCAAAGAUGGCUGCUGACCUUGGCCCCGCCCCUUCUGAUCCAACUUUCAUGCGUUUUAAUCCGAAAAUAAAGAUUAAAAACGCGCGGGCGCAUAUUGUGGGGUGACAGGGGGGCACCCGGGCGCGUGCGGUUGCCUCUGCUGGGGACAAGCGCGCGCACGGCGCGUGCUCAGGCUGCAGGCUCUGCUGUGGGCUGAGCUGCUGUGGUGCAUCAAAAGCAGGAUAAAAUGAAUUAAAAUGCGUUUUUCUGCGCCAAAGCCGCAAAUAGUUGAAGUUUGCAUUAAAGUGGGGCUCCUGCAAUCAGCCGGGGAGCUGAGUUUUACAGAAAAAUGGAUUUGAGAGUGUUGCCUCUGAAUAUUCAAAUUGUAAGUAACGCGCAAUCAAAUCAUUGUCAAAUCAUGGAGUUCUAGGGGUUUUAAAUAGUAGGCAUGCUGCGAGAAAAUCUCAAACUAAUAUGUCCCCAGCUAUAUUACAAUAUUGUUGUAUGCUGUGAGUGCGCUGGCAGACGUUUUUCUGCACAUUUUUGGAGACUUUUGCUCAAAUUUCGUUCUUGGCCAUUUUUGCUGAGGCACAAAGGGACGUUGUGGAGUUCCUCAGGUCUUCUCCAGGACUCCUCUGCCAUCAUGUCUGAAAAGCCAGAGAAAGUGUACCAGGGCGUGCGCGUGAAGUGGACUGUCAAAGACAUGCUGAAGUUCUACAGGGAAAAGGCAGCAAGUGGCGCGAAGCUCAAAACGGCCUAUCUGGAGAUGAAGGAGCUGUACGCCUCCAGCGUCCCCGGCGUCCUUCUGGACCCCCCUCCCGCUCCCGCUCCGGCUGACACUCCCAGCUGCGCCGGUGCCGCCGCCGCUGCCCCGCCGGUCCCCGAGAGCAUCCCGAGGCCGCCGUGCGCGUUCGGCGGCGUGCCACCGCCGUUCGGAGAGGCGCUCGUGUCCAGCUUCGACCCCCGCACCGCAGAUUUCUGCGGGCCCCCGCCCUGCUCCCCGCCCCCGUGGAGCCACGGCCUCUCCUCGGACGUGGACUUCUACGGGCACGGGGUGAUGCGCGAGCGGCAGGCCCCCUGCCCCCCCCUGGACCCGCUGACGCUCUGCGCCUCCUCGGACCUCCACAGCUUCUCCCCGCAGGACUCCUUCUCCUCCUCCUCCUCCUCCUCCUCGUGCUUCGACUCGCCCCCCAGGAUGGGUCCCUGUUUCCACGCGGAUUUCUACCACUACCCGCACUUUGAGCCCCCCCAGGACUGCGAGGCCGCCUGCUGGCAGCAGGAGAGCCUGCCCGCCCCCGAGUACACCACAUACUAUCCCCCCACAGACUACCCCUACAUCUGCCCCCCUGAGGACCCCUACUGGAGGAGAGACUGAGCUCUGCACACGUACCCCCCAACACAAACACACAUUUUGUUGGACUAUUUUUGUAUGUUUUUACUUCAUAUUUCCAUUUAUGUAUCUGUCGUGCUGAAUAAAUGUGUCAAAAACGUGAA